UCUUCCUGUUUUUUUUAUCUUUUAUUUUUCCGUGUCAAACAAACCGUUUUUCCACAUCCAGCUUUAGACGACGAUGCUAAAAUUAUCCGUUUAAAUCUCAGUCACCUCCCCUUUUGCUACGAGGAAGAAAUCUUAAUUGGAUUAAGAAAAAGCUUGAACAUCUUUGGACGUAUUGUUGAUGUAGGAGUCUCAUUAGAAAAAGAUUUUGGGACCUACGUCGGACAAGGAUAUGCGGUCAUUGACACUUACCAAUCAGCCGAAGCUGAUAUCCCGUAUGCUUUACUGACGCACAAUGUUCCUUGGUGUAACUCACCAUUUCGUGGAUUUAGAGCUACUUGGCAUAAUAUGCCACCCUUCUGUACCUACUGUCACGAUGCUACGGGUACACAUAAUGCUCGAGACUGCCCGAAGACACGCCACCACAAGCGUGCCGAAAUCGUUCUUGUCAAGGCACAACCUAAAUGCUGGGAGUGUGAUAGCAGGGGGCAUCUGCGAUAUGCAUGUCUGUUAAAAAAGCCU